GAUGUUCUCAUGUAGCAUUAGAUUAUUUUUUACCAAUGAUGAUCGUCUAUUUCGUAACACCACUCAUUCAAUUAGCAAGAGAGAAGGCGAUGAUUAAUGUGAACUUUCGUAAAAGCCAUUGUCAGUGCAGACGAAGCAUUUCUACUUGAACCUCUUGGCCACGAGGUUCGGCCGUAUGCUGAUCAGCUGAGGCGACAAUUAUUGCAUAAUAGCCACUCUACAGACAGUGCAGGCUGUUCCAAAUCCUCAGCGGCUUUGAGGAAGACCUCCCUUUCGAAUUCUAGCAAUCGUGGGGAGAAACGCCAUCCUACAUUCUUCACUCUUCUUCAUUCUUCAAUGGCUGAUAUCGACGAAGGUGAGCAGAAUCAAUUUUCCAUUAUUCCAACCACAUUCAAUCGCUUAGCAAGCAAUUGAGACAUCGAAGAGUUUGCAAUUUCAGAUGACCCAGCGCCUUCGCCAAUACCAAACGCGCCAUAACGAGAAAUCGCUCAAUCGCAAUUUAUAGAUUGGCAUGCUAUGGAGUUUACAAAACCGGAUGAUGCAUACAAUUUCUAUUGUGAGUAUGCACACAAUAUGGGCUUUUCAGUGAGGAUAAAAAUGCAGAAAAAGUUCAAAAAGGACCCGCAACAGAUACAAUGCAUGGAGUAUUGUUGUAAUAAAGCAGGAUUCAAAGAGGGUAGCAAUGUGAAACCAAAUCAGAUUCAUCCAAACAAAAGCAGCGAGUCAGAAAGGAUAAAGAUCAUGCAUCGUAGUCAUGAAACGAGAACAGACUGUAAUUCAAAGAUACGGCUUCAGUUUGACAAGGAGAAUGCAAAGUACAAAGUGACAUACUUUGAAGACAACCACAAUCAUGAUCUACAUCCUCCAAAACACAAGCACAUGCUUGUAUCCAAUCGUAGGAUUGAUUAAUCACAUUUAAUCAUUGCGAAUAUAAAUCAGGAAGCUGGACUACCAAUCAGAUCAUCGUACGAUUUGAUGAAAAUAGCCGCUGGAGGAAAGGAAAAUGUGGGGUUUUUUAAGUUGGACCUGAAGAAUCACAUGAAGAAAAGAAGGAAAGAAAUUUUCAAGGAGGACGAAGCAAAUGCAUUACUGCAGUAUUUUGGCCAAAGAUCGGUGGAUAAUCCCUUAUUCUUUUAUGAAAUUGAAGUCGAUUAUGAAGAUAAGAUUGCUAAUAUAUUAUGAUCAGAUGCAAAAAUGAGGGAAGACUACGCAUUGUUUAGGGAUUCUAUUACGUUUGAUACCACAUACCAAACAAAUAAGAACCACAUACCACUAGGUGUUUUCGUGGGAUUUAAUAACCACCGCCAAACAUCUAUAUUUGGGGCAGCAUUGUUGUACGAGGAAACACAAGAUUCAUUCAAGUGGGUUUUCAAUACCUUCCUAAAGUGUAUGGGUGGACAAGCACCGAAAACCAUUUUUUCGGAUCAAGAUUUGGCUAUGGCUCCAGCACUAAGAGAGACAAUGCCAACGACAUACCAUGCUCUGUGCACAUGGCAUAUUGUACAAAAUGCCAAAAAAAAUCUCAGUGCUCUUUACACUACAAGGUUUGCUGAGAUGUUUCAACAUAUUCUCUACGGGGUACAAGAUGAAAAUCAAUUCAGCCUCAAGUGGGAGUAUAUGUUGCAGGCAUGCUUUCCCAAAGGGCCUCAUAAGUGGCUAUUGAAUAUUUAUUCAUUGAGACAACAAUGGUCUUCGGCUUGGACAAGACAACACUUUACUGCAAGGAUGAGAACAACACAACUGAGCGAAUCACUUAACUUCUCACUGAAAAUGUUAGAAAAGGCAACCUACAAGCCCUUAAGCUUUAGCAACUGAACAUUA